ACAUGGCGGAAGGGUGGAGGAAGUUUUUGUUCUAGUGUUACUGUUUAUUUUCAACAAUUAAUUCGAUUUUUUGUAUAUUGCUUUCCGAACGUGAUGGAUUAUUCCCAUUCCUCGUCUCUAUUCUCUCCCAUGGAAGCUAACAAUGAAUUGGUUCCCUUAAAUGACCUGGCACACCAGACACAAGGUCCUGUCUUAAUGGCCAGUAGAAGCUCGGCAAAUUCUCUCUUGGCAUCAUGGGGAUCUGAUGAGUCAACUUCAAGUAGCUCAGGACAUGACUAUUCUCAUUCCAUUUUCCCCUUUCGAGGUCCAAAAGCAAGGGACUGUAGUGGUGCUACACAUUUGUUGCCUUCUGAAGGAGUAAAACAGGAGCUAGCUGAAGAGCCAUUAGUUAGUGUUGACUCUAAUGUGGAUGGUGAUUGGUGCGAUACUGCAGCUUUACUGGCAGAAUCAGAAAAUUUUGAAACUUUCGAUAGCCGACAGCGAAAGAGAGUACUCAGUGAAGGGGAGAACGAAGAUAAUAAGGGAAGGCCACGAAAAGCUCAACAACCACCGGUAAAUUCACUCGAAAGUAGGAAUAAUUCUGCUGCUCAUAAAAUUAAUAACUGUAAUUAUGAUGGAGCUAGUGGUACCUCUGGUUAUUCUGAAGUUGGAGUCCAGAGUUCAAGUAUGUGCUCAGUACAAGAUAUAGAAGACUUUGAAAGAAACACAUCUAAUUCUAAUGUUGAAAACCACCCAGUAUCUGAAACUCCCGAAGUAAUAAUGGACACGUCCUCUGAGAGUGAUAGUGAUAUUGAUAUAGUAAGUCUUCGCACCUCUGUUUUAAGGAAUACAAGAUCUUCAAACUGUAGUGUUAAAACAUCAGGAGCUCAGUAUCAUGACCACAGUUACACUGGUGCAAGAGACAGACUUCACUCAUUGAAUGCAUCUUUCUGGAAUGGUAACUCGGGUGAACCUGCAGUAGGAAGAGUAAGAGGAGAAAGAUCUGUCAUAAGAGAGAAUAUCCAAAAGUCGGGACAUAUAGAUAGUGAUUGGCCAAUGGCACCUGAUUUACAGCUUGACUGUUUGUCGUCGGAUGAUGAUGAUGAUAAUGAUAGUGUGGAAGUAGUUAGUAUUGAAUCUCCUAGUAUUCAUCAAGCUGUGGAGGCUGAUUCCCCACAUUCUAGUGAACUUGCUAGUGGCUCAGGAAAGGGUAGCAGUAGAUCAGUUAUAGAAAGAGGAAAGACUGUGUCAACAAAUGGGGCCAGUUGCAGCAAAGAUCAUAGUCGACUUGAUUCGGAUAGAACUGCCAUUGUUGUCGACCUUACUCAUUCAGAUGACGAAACUGCCUCUCCUGUUGUUUCUACCCCUGCUGUAUCUAUGACAGCUCCUGUAACUACUGUUCUUUCCAGUGAACCAACACAUUCCUAUUGUCAAGUGUUCAGUCGCCAGGGGCAAAAUCAGCGUUCUAUUCACCCCCACAGCAACUACCACUCUCCUAACUACCCACCUCAUCCUGUACCUAUUGUACAGUUCCCAACUUGUAGAUUUCACACAAGUCAGCAACCUAUGGGCUGUCAUGAAACCACAGACUCUUGCAUAGGAAAUCAGACAUCUGGUGGAGCUGGAGAUUCUUGUAGAUCGUUCAAUAAUUGUUUUGGACAGUCACAUCCUGUUAAUGCUGCUUCUUGUCCUCACAACCAUGUCUAUCCAAGUGCUCCAAGCCCACACUUAGCAUACAUGCCACCAGGAGUCCACACUCCACACCCCUCUGUCAAUCCAAAUCAACAUCCUCCUUUUCCCCAUUUCUAUAAUCCUCCUCCAACCCCUGGUCUUCAGGACCUUCCACCCCACCCUCGCCAUCAUCAUCCAGGAUUAGCGCACAUGAAUCCAACUCACCAACGUCUUUGGCAGGCUCAACAACGUAUGCAGGAAAUGCAAAGAAGGAGACUUUACCAACAUACCUUAGGCUUGUACAUGCACAGAAGAUUGAUGGAAACACAAAACACAGCAGCUCCAGGAUUCUAUAUUUGUCCAGAAGCAGUUCCAGGUGUCCCAAGUUCAGCUGUUCCUCUGACAACAGCAGUUAAUGGCACUCCAACAAUGCCUCCAGGUGGACAACCUCCCAACCACCUUGCUCAAGCAGGAGGAAUGGGUUCCACUCACAAUCCAAUGUUUGGAGCUUGUCAUUCUAUCCCUGUGACAGCUGCCACACCUGGUCCUUCAGGACUUCCUCAAACCUCUAUUCCUGGUCCCUCUUGUAACCCGUCCAUUCCCGUAUCUGUACAAACACCGACCCCUCUCCCUCCUCAACACCCUGUUCCCCCCCCAUCAGGAGAUAUCAUGAUGGACCCCACCAUUAAUGUGCAGGCUGAAGUGGUGAUACCCAGCUCUGGGAGUGAUAGUGGUCACUCGCAUGUACAUCACCAUAUUCAUCAACAUCAUUACCACCACCCACCUCCUCGUUUACACCACUUUGGUGUGCCUCCUGGUUUACAUAUUGGGAUUACAGCUGGAGUGCCAGUAAGUCAGAGGGCACCAGACAUGUUUGCCAUCCCAACUUUACCAGACAUCCCCCCAACAAUGCCUUUAUACCCGCACUAUAUGCCCUUCUUCCCACGUCAUGUGCAGGCAAGACUGGAGGAUUAUAUGAGAAUUGUCGAACAACGUAGAAUGGCUGUAAACAGGGGAGCUUCUCAAACAACAAUUGAACAAAAUACUUUUCCACAUAAAUAUAAAAAGAUACAGAGAAGUGAAGGAGAAGAUAAUAUAGAAAAAUGUACCAUUUGCUUGAGUGAAUUUGAAGACAAUGAAGAUGUCAGGCGUCUCCCUUGUAUGCAUCUCUUCCAUAUAGUGUGUGUUGACCAGUGGCUGACCACCAACAAACGUUGUCCAAUCUGUCGAGUGGAUAUUGAAGAACAUCUGAAGGAAUUUUCAUUUUCUUAACUUUCUCUAGCCAUCUAGCCAAGAAAAAAUGGUUUUUGUAGUGAGUUCAGGACACGUUUUAAUAAUUUACUCAGCACAAGAUAUUGUUAGUUUCUUUUAGAUUUCUACUUUUAAGCUGUUAAUUAUAUUUUACAAACUUACUUGUAUGAUGAUUAACUAUUUUGAAAUAGUUAAGUUUUCCAAAGUGGCUAAAUAUUCCAGAAAAAGAAAAAAAAAUGCAUUAAUAUAAAGUGUUUAAGUUUCAAAUCAUCAGAUCAUGAAAUACUCUAAACUGUGACAAGCAGACUAAAACACUAAAAUAGUUUCUUUGGAAAUUUUAUUUUGUUUUACUGACUUGCCAUAUUUGUUAAAUGUAAAUAAGUGAUUCUUAUUAAUUUUUUAAAAGGUGAUAGUACAUUAUUGAAAUGUUCUUUGUUCUGUCAUCUAAAUAAUCUUUAAAUAUAUAGCUAAUAUUCCCAUAAUUGGGAAGAAAUUAAGUUCUAUUUAAGUAAUUCUAAUGCUGGCAGUAGAAAAGUUUAAUGAAAUGUUUGUGGUGAAUGUUUCUUAUAUUUAACAAAACUUUUUAUUGAAGUUUUUUUUUUUCAACGUAUUAUAUCUGCUAAAAGUAUUGUCAAAAUAGAAUUUUGAAGUCUUCAGAAAAUAAUAGCAUUGAUACAGAAUGUUCAAUUUUACAGACUACAAAAAAUGAAUUUCAUCUAGUCUGAUAAAAAAGAUGAUGAUUUUAGCUUUCAACAAAUAUAGGAGCAUUUUAAAUGAUAGUUAAGGAUCAUGAUAAAAUCUUACAAUCAAAAUAUAUCGUUCAAUGCUCUUAAAAGGUACAUUUCUGUGGCAGACGUUUAUUAUCUUAAUUUCUUUUUCGAACUAGCAAAUAAUUCUGAUCAUUAUCUGAUCGUAGAGAUUAAGGAGUCAAAUCAUAUCAGAACUUUUUUAUAAAUGUACAGUGUAUUCAUACUGAAAACUAUUUUGGAAUGGAGCAACCUGAAACAGAUUUAGUCUAGGUGGUAGUGUGGGAACUUAUGAAAUUAUUUGGUAAUUCUUGAAUGCAAAACCAUGUUUAGAAUAUGUAAAAGAUAAAUCAUCAAAAGUGUCAUUAACAUCUAGUUGAAAUUUGGCUUCUUACGAUGAUAUGCAGAGUUGCAGAUAAAAAAAUAAAGAAAUGCAUCUUAGGAUUCUUGUGGUUCAUUUCACCAAACAGUUUUAUGAAGCUAUUAUAAUUUAUUGUUACCACUUAAGUAGAAGCAAGCAAUUAUCGACCACAUUGUAUAUACCACUUCUAACUGCUACUGUUGUAGUGAGCUUGCAUGUUGUUUAUUGGAGUUUCAUAUUCCUCCUUAUAAGUAUGUUGGUUCUAUCGAAAAACAUUUUUCAAAAUUUUUCUGAAUUACAGUUUUAUGAAUUUCAAACCAAAAGCUUCAUAAAAAAGAAAAAAUACUGAAAACUUUAUAUUUGUUAAAGUUUUUAUAGAAAGUUACGUAUAUAUUUUCUCAUUAUACAUGGGAUGAUUAGGUAUGAUUAUCUUUGGUUAUUUAACCUAUUUCCAGCUUGAUGACAUUAUGUAGACCACUUCUGCUUUUGCAUUCAUUAAAAUUAAUUGCUCAUAAACAGAACUGUUUCUGAAAUACAGACACUCCAAACAUAAAGCAUGGGAACCACUGAAUAUUGCCUAACCUAAAUUAGAUUUUUUUUGAUAAAUUUACAAUUUAGAAUCAUAUAAAAACCACACGCUUCCAUGCAACAUUUUCCGUGACCAUUGACCUGAAAUCCAAGUUCCGUGCUUGCUUAUUAUACAAGUCUUGUGAUGUCAUGCGGUAAAGUUUGGUUAACAGUUUAGAUAUUUCUUUUGUUACUUUAUCCGAAACAUAUUGGGGGGGAUCAAGCAGAAUUUUUUAAAUCUUAUUGUUGUUUGCCCUCAUGAGAAAUGGUAAAUAUUAGGUAUCAGUGUUUAAAAGAAACAUUUUUGUGGAUUAAAACCUUGUCUUGUAUCUUCAAGAACUGUCAGUGGUCUGAGCGCUACACUUGACAUUUUUUUCAAAACAAAUCAUUCAAAAGGAUGUGCAACUCUAAAGGUGUAAUCAAAUCACUGCAUGCUUUAGUUACCUUUAUUAUAAGAAUUAAGUAAUUUGUAAACCAAAUUCUAUUUAUCUCCACAAUAAUCCCUUGUACGAAGAAAAUAUUUUUUUUUGUCACACCUCGUAUAAAGUAGUUAAUGUAUUCUCUAGUUUUUAUUAGAAGGUGUUUAUCAUAUACUAAGAUCUGCUUGUAAUCAUACAUAGCUGAAAGAUUGUAUUAUACCUUGAACAUUUUAUUUUGGGGGAAAUUCUAUAAAUAAUGAACUAGCUUGUAGGUAGUUUUAUAAACUAAUUGUACUUUUUUUUUACAUGCGUAUGGGCAAUAAUGUAAGAGUAACAAGAGAUAUUUGUUUUUUUCCUUUCACAGCAUGAUUAUUUUUUUAUUUGCUAUUUGAAUGGACACCAUAGAUAUGAUGUAUUAAGUGUUAAUGAUGAUAACUGUUUUGACUAAUUUUUCUGUCACAGAAGGAACUUUAAAGGUAUUAUGUAUUUCAUUAGUUUCUUUACAAUAUUAAAUUAUUCGAGUAAGCUGAUUUUUUUGCAAGAAAAUCAUAUAGGUGACAAAUGUAUAAUUAUGUAAUAUGCUUCUUGCAUCAAAAGUGUUUUUGUUCAUUGUAUAGAUAUGAAUGUUUGAGUUUUCUUUCAACAGCUUAUGAAAAUUUUGAAGCGAUAUUAAAAAAUAAUGUAAUAAUUAAUAGUUUUGAGGAUAUAUAUAUAGUUCUGUGUUUUAACAGAUUUACUCAAAACUACGUGAAGAAUUUACUUUUUAUAAGACCCGCCCAGUGCUCACUCUGGCUUAUCUUGUGUUUACCAAAAAAACUUUGUCUGCGGUAAAAGGUUUGGUACAGACUCCCAUCAUGCUGUGAUAUGUACACUACAUGCCUUGUCUAUUUUAAACUACUUCUAACUUGAUAUGGCACAAACUUUUACAAAUCUGAUCUCUUUUCCAAACCAUUGUUUAGUUAACGUGACGUGUCCCAGCUUUCUACAAAACUAAGUUCACUAUUCUCAGACUGAUAUCAACUAUUGUGUAGUUAACAUGACAUCUCCCAGCUUUCUACAAAACUAAGUUGUCUAUUCUCAGACUGAUAUCAACUAUUGUGUAGUUAACAUGGCAUCUCCCAGCUUUCUACAAAACUAAGUUGUUUAUUCUCAGACUGAUAUCAACUAUUGUGUAGUUAACGUGACGUGUCCCAGCUUUCUACAAAACUAAGUUGUCUAUUCUCAGACUGAUAUCAACUAUUGUGUAGUUAACAUGACAUCUCCCAGCUUUCUACAAAACUAAGUUAUCUCUAUUCUCAGACUGAUAUCAACUAUUGUGUAGUUAACGUGACAUGUCCCAGCUUUCUACAAAACUAAGUUGUCUAUUCUCAGACUGAUAUCAACUAUUGUGUAGUUAAUAUGACAUCUCCCAGCUUUCUACAAAACUAAGUUGUCUAUUCUCGGACUGAUAUCAACUAUUGUGUAGUUAACUUGACAUCUCCCAGCUUUCUACAAAACUAAGUUGACUAUUCUCAGACUGAUAUCAACUAUUUUUAAUUAAUAUCUGAUGUGCCCUAAUGUUCCACAGGAUUCAUCUUUCUAGUCCAUCUAAUCACUUUGGAGUUUUAUUUUGCUGAAUUUUUCUACUGUUCUUAUUCCAAGUUAUCCCCUAAUGUAUACUAUUUUCUGUAAAUCCUGUUUCAUUGGUACCCGCUUCUGCAGAUCCAACAAAUUUUUAUCUCUAACUCUCCACAAAUUUGCACUAGAAUAUAGCAAAACAUUUUAAAACUAACCACCUUGAAACUUUCUUCCUCUGCUCUUCCUCAGAAACAUUCUGUUGAACUUUAUACUGCAACUGCUACUACUAAUCGUACUUAGUCACCUUUUGAAAUACUCCAUUGACUGUUAUCCUACUACUUCCCUUAAAUAUUCCACUGUAUUCUGUCCUUCUUUUUAAUCCACCUUCCACUUUGAGUUAGUUUCUGACAUGUUAAAACAUGUUCCAUAUCAAGAAAAGAUUUUUUGUUUUUAUUUCAUUGUGAAAUACUGCAUAUACUUUGUAUGUUUCACAUGCACAAUUAUUUUGUUCAAAUGUAAUAAUUCACUCCAUUUCACUCAUUUCAAACUAUUCUCUGUAUUAGCUUGCCUAAUAGGUCUAAAGUUCAGAGGCUGAACCAUUCUAGUAUUAGUACUGUUCAUUGAAAAUUUGCUAUAGAAAAAAAAAAUUAUAAAGUUACCAGUAUUAAGAAUUACAGAGUCCGUACUUGUGUCUAUGAUACCAGCAUGAUGCUUUUUGAUCUUGUUAAAUUUAACAAAGAACUAGACAUGUAUCAAUUACUUUUAAAAUGCUUUGGUAACAGCAUUCUUAUUUGGCUGUAUGAAGUUUGAGGUGUUCCUAGUUCUAGCAAGGGUCAUUGUGGGCUUAAACUGUGUAUGUAAAAAAAUCAGGCAGCAAAAAGUACUUUUGUAUAGAAAUAAAUAUUUGCAGUGUCUUGUGAAUUUUGAUGUGUUAUACAGUUUAUUUUUAUUAGGUUACCUACUAAACUUCACAUUUUAAUUAGCACUAAUUAAAAAAAACAUUGUGUAUUCUACAGAAGUGCCAAUUAUGUUCUGACAUAUUAAUGUAAACAUUUUAGCCUGUGUACUAUUAUGUACAGGUUCUUUUAAUCCACUUUGGUCCUUGUUCUACUCUAAUGCAGGUUUGGAAUGUUUUCACACACCUCAGUAAUCAUGUUAGGGUUUUCUGAAUUCUUGGCUUUUAAAUAAAAACUCCUUAUUUUGAGGAUUU